CCAGAAUGGAGGGGGAAGAACCAUGCAAUGAAAAAGGCUGCGUGGUACAAGGUGACACACUUGAAAGUGCUCUUGAUGCCAAUCUGGAAUCCAGUGUUACAAACCACAUAGCUAAGGAGGUUCCUUUAGAUAUGUCUAAUGCAGUACUUGGCAAGGUCUUGAAUGACGAAAGUGAGUUGUUAAAUAGUGACAGCCAUCAUAAACUGGAGACUGAAAGCAAAUCCAAUAUCUGCACAAAGAUGAAAAAGUUUUGCUCUUGUCCUCCCCAAGGAUUACUUGCUGUUGCAGUUACAAAAGUUAUCAUGGUGGCACUAGUUUGGGGAGUGGUGUGGUCCAUAACAGGUUCUGAAUGCCUGCCUGGAGGAAAUCUUUUUGGCAUUCUCGCUUUGCUCUUGUGCGCUGUAAUUGGUGGCAAGCUAGUCGGUCUCAUCAGGAUAUCCAACCUACCACCAUUGCCUCCAUUACUUGGAAUGUUACUAGCUGGGUUUCUUCUAAGAAAUAUCCCGGUUAUCACUGAUCAAGUCAAAAUUGAUUAUAAAUGGUCUGCGGCUUUGAGGAACAUUGCUUUAGCCAUCAUAUUGACGCGGGCUGGACUUGGACUGGAUCCACAGGCUUUAAGAAAACUCAAGGCAGUGUGUUUACGGCUUUCUUUUGGUCCCUGUGCCAUUGAGACUUGCUCUGCUGCCCUUUUAUCUUACUUGCUGAUGGGACUACCUCUAACAUGGGGAUUUAUGCUGGGCUUUGUUCUAGGCGCUGUGUCUCCCGCUGUUAUAGUUCCCUCUAUGCUGCUUCUUCAGAAAGAAGGCUAUGGAGUAGAUAAGGGCAUCCCAACACUGUUGAUGGCUGCUGGAAGCUUUGAUGACAUCCUGGCUAUAACCGGUUUCAAUACAUGUUUUGGAAUGGCGUUCUCAUCAGGUUCUACCCUUAACAGCAUCAUCAGAGGAGUGUUAGAAGUUGUGGUUGGAAUUGCAGCGGGACUUCUCCUGGGUUUCUUCCUUCAAUAUUUUCCAAGUAAAGACCAGGAGAAUCUAAAAUGGAAGAGAUCCUACCUCAUUCUGGCACUUUCCAUAUUUGCAGUGUUCGGAAGCCUGUAUUUUGGUUUUCCUGGGUCAGGAGGACUGUGUACACUGGUGAUGGCUUUUCUAGCAGGCAUGGGAUGGUCUGGAGAAAAGGCUGUGGUUGAAGACAUAGUAGCUGUUGGAUGGGAUAUCUUCCAACCACUGCUGUUUAGUUUGAUUGGAUCAGAAAUAAAUAUUGCCACCUUGAGACCCGAGACUGUUGCGUUGUGUAUUGCCACACUUGGGAUUGCAUUAAUAGUGCGGAUAUGUUUCACAUUCUUGAUGGUGUGCUGGGCAGGAUUUCUGAUGAAGGAAAAGAUAUUUAUUUCUUUAGCAUGGAUGCCCAAAGCUACUGUUCAGGCUGCCAUUGGCUCCGUGGCUUUGGAUAUGGCAAGAAGCAUUGGGGACAAACAAUUAGAAGAAUAUGGCAUGGAUGUGCUAACUGUAGCUUUUCUAGCGAUUCUGAUCACAGCACCCAUAGGAGCAUUAAUUAUUGGGCUAACAGGACCCAGAAUGUUGCACAGAUCGGAAGACACAAGUAUAAAUGUAGACGAACCAGCAGAGACUGAAAGCAGGAUAGAACUAUCUCACCGGCUUUGA